AUGACUUAUCACCUGACCCAGGCGAUGUCAGGGCACGGAUGCUUCCGCAGCUAUCUUGCAAAAAUGAAUCGGGCCGACGACAGUUACUGCGGCUAUUGCAUGGACCCGGACGACACGGCCGAGCACACUGUGUUCGCCUGUCCAAGGUGGCUGGAUGAUCGAGCCCGAUUAACAGAAAUACUUAGGAGACCUCCAAACGCCGGCGACGUGGAAGACAUCUUGUGCGGUCCCCCUCCGGUUGACCUGGCCGACGAUUCCGCCGCCAGGGAAAGACUGAUUCAGCAGGCUAAAACGAGCCGCCACGUUCUCACAACCAUGAUCGAAUCCAUCAUGGCCACUAAGGAGGAAGACGAACGCGAAGACCAGGCACACCACAGAGCUGCAUUAAAUAGGAGAAGAGGGCAUUAG